AUGACGAGAGACGCCAUGCUACUUGGUACAGCAAAUGAGGUAGCGGUACGGACGCCUAUGAAUGCGAGGACGCCAACAUACCAAAGUGGGUCAGUAAACAUUCGAGAGUCAGCGCGUACAGGGGAUCGAGGAAGUACGAGUGGCAGUGUGGGCGCAGUGGCACAAACGACAGCGGAACGCGAAGAGAACCAGACUAAGAGAGUGGAUGCAAUGUUGGAAAAAUGGCGAGACGGGGCUGCGGAGCGAGAUGGUACGAGGGCUGCUAUCCACGUGUCGACAGUGAGACCAGCGAUGGCCUCGGCACGAUACAAAUACGCUGCAUCUGCGGAUCAACAACAGAACGAGGGCUGUGGACUCGACGGCAAGCGUCAAACUGGGGAAGGCGCGUAUUUAUCAGCACCACAGUCGGAAACCAACGAUGGCGAGGUGAAGAGUAUCGGAGAGCUGUCGGUGAGCACGGUCGUGAGAAGGGAAACGAUGGCUGAGGCGGAGGACACGACGAGAGCUGCGAGGGACAACGGCACGAGUACCGCGAGAAGGUAG